CUUUUUUCGUUUAUUGUCGGCAUUGUUUUCUUAAAAUAGGACGGAACAGUUCCAGAGGAAACAGUAAAAUUUGGUCAGGAAACAAUGUACCUUUGUACAUGGACACAAAGAAGACAGUAUGCGUCAUUUAAAGAACUUCUUGGGCCUGGAAUAAAUUUGCAUUUGAAGGAGAAUCCAUUAUUACGGGAUAUCUUCGAAUUAGGUCAACCUGUUAAAUUGGAUACCAAUGGAAAGGCGUCGAAGAAUCGGAGGAAAUUGUAUAACAAUGCAGCAUCAAAAGCAAGAACGAUUUCCCGUGGCAAACAUCGUGAUAAGAGAAGUUUUGUUCAUUAAGUUUUAGUAUUUAAUUAAUUAUAUUUGUAGGAAAUAUUUAGGUACUUUUUUUAGUUUAGUGAAACCUGAAAGAGAUGUAUAAAAAACGCAAUCUUCUCCUUGAACUUGUAAUUUUCGAAAGAUUUUUCCGGUCCAACUUUUAACUUGCAUAUUGCAUAAUGCAUAUUAUAUAGGCUAUACCUGAUUGUGUACAAUUAAAAUGUCCCAAUGGGGACACGGCACCCUAUGAUUUGUAUAUCCUACUUUAUCAUCAUUUAUACAGGGUGAGUAAAAAAAACCUGAUUAGUUCAAAACAAGUUCAAUU